UUAGUUUUUGUUUGAAAAAAAAUAUUAACAAAAUAAUAUAAUAUUGCAAGCAUAGAUUUAGUCAACAACCUAGAAAUGUUGAAAAAACUUAGACGCAAGGUUAGCACAGCCUUCACAAUUGGCCCUAAGAAAGGGUCCAAACCCUAUAAAAACCCACCACCAUCACCUGAAUCUCCAUUACCUCCUCCAUUACAGACAACAAAAACAAAAACAAUGUCUCAUACUAGAAAACAUUCUCCUUUUGUGUUUCCGCAUGUUGAUUCCUCUGUUGUUCCUGAUCCCUCCAAUUUAUUCUCCCCAAACCUUCUCUCAAAUCCACUCCCCACCAACUCUUUCUUCCAAAACUUUACCUUGAAAAAUGGUGAUCAACCUGAGUAUAUUCACCCUUACCUCAUCAAAUCCUCAAACUUUUCUCUCUCGCUUUCAUACCCAUCUCGCUUCUUUAACCCCUCCUUCACAUACCAGGUCUUCAACCCUGAUCUCACCAUUUCUUCCUCUCAAAAAUCCCACCUUUCCCAUUUCAACCACACCAUCUCUUCCCACAAUGAUCUCAGUGUCACUUUGGACAUCCCUUCUUCCAAUUUGAGGUUUUUCCUUGUUAGGGGCAGUCCCUUUUUGACAUUCUCCGUGACUCAACCGACUCCUCUUUCCAUCACCACUAUCCACGCCAUUCUCUCCUUUUCCUCCAGUGAUUCCCUAACCAAGCACACUUUUCACCUCAACAAUGGCCAGACUUGGAUUUUGUAUGCUUCUUCGCCGAUUAGGUUGAGCCAUGGGCUUUCUGAGAUCACUUCUGAUGCGUUUUCUGGCAUAAUUAGGAUUGCCCUGUUGCCUGAUUCUGAUUUGAAGCAUGAGGCUGUGCUUGAUAGGUUCAGUUCCUGUUACCCUGUUAGUGGUGAGGCUGUGUUUUCCAGGCCAUUUUGUGUGGAGUAUAAGUGGGAGAAGAAAGGGUGGGGUGAUUUGUUGAUGUUGGCUCACCCUCUCCAUCUUCAGCUUUUGGCUGAUGGUGGUUGUGAAGAUGUUAAUGUUUUGAGUGAUUUUAAGUAUGGGAGCAUUGAUGGAGACCUUGUUGGGAUUGUUGGUGAUUCAUGGAGUUUGAAAACUGAUCCUGUUUCUGUGACUUGGCACUCUAUCGGGGGUGUGAGAGAAGAAUCCCGGGAUGAGAUUGUUUCGGCGCUUGUGAAUGAUGUUGAGGGGCUGAAUUCAUCCGCAAUAACAACGAAUUCGUCGUAUUUUUAUGGGAAACUGAUUGCAAGGGCUGCAAGGUUGGCUUUGAUAGCUGAAGAGAUGUGUUUUCUUGAUGUGAUUCCUAAGGUUAGGAAGUAUUUGAAGGAAGCCAUUGAGCCGUGGCUGGAGGGGACUUUCAGUGGGAAUGGAUUCCUGUAUGAUAGGAAAUGGGGUGGCAUUGUUACCAAACAAGGGUCGACUGAUGCUGGUGCUGAUUUUGGGUUUGGAAUUUACAAUGAUCACCAUUAUCAUUUGGGAUACUUCGUUUAUGGAAUUGCAGUGCUUGCAAAGAUUGAUCCAGUGUGGGGUAGGAAGUAUAAGCCUCAAGCGUAUUCUCUCAUGGCAGAUUUUAUGACAUUGAGCAGAAGAUCAAACUCGAACUACACAAGACUAAGGUGUUUUGACCUUUAUAAAUUACACUCAUGGGCUGGAGGGUUAACUGAGUUUGCAGAUGGAAGGAAUCAGGAGAGUACCAGUGAAGCUGUUAAUGCAUACUAUUCUGCUGCAUUGAUGGGUCUGGCGUAUGGUGACACACAUCUUGUUGCAACUGGAUCAACGCUCACAGCAUUGGAGAUUCAUGCAGCUCGAAUGUGGUGGCAUGUGAGACAGGGAGAUAAUCUCUAUGGUGAAGAUUUUGAGAGGCAAAACAAGGUAGUUGGUGUUCUGUGGGCUAACAAGAGGGACAGUGGACUAUGGUUUGCCCCUCCUGAGUGGAAAGAAUGUCGGCUUGGGAUUCAACUUUUGCCGUUACUGCCGAUUUCUGAAGUGUUGUUUUCCAAUGUUGAUUUUGUGAAGGAUCUUGUGGAGUGGACAUUGCCAGCAUUGAACAGGGAAGGUGUUGGAGAAGGAUGGAAAGGGUUUGUUUAUGCACUGCAGGGAAUUUAUGACUAUGAAGGUGCAUUGCAGAGGAUAAGAAGCUUAAAUGGUUAUGAUGAUGGAAACUCAUUGACUAAUCUCUUGUGGUGGAUUCACAGCAGAAGUGAUGAAGAGGAAUAUGGUCAUGGAAAACACUGCUGGUUUGGUCAUUACUGCCAUUAGUACUGUUUAUGAUUUUCAGGUAUUCAGAAAGAAAUUAUGAUAGUUUCUUACAUUGUACAUGAAUAUAUUUCUGUAUAUGGCUGUUAUUUGUUUGUUACAGUUUCUAUUUGGUACAAUCUGUGUGUUGUGUGGA